ACGUGUGUGUAAACUGUAGAACCAAAUUUAUUAGUUAUAUGAUCUGUGAGGUGAGCAAUUCAAGAGUGAAUAUUUUCAAAGUGAGAUUAAGUGUUAUUGUUUUUGUUCGUCAUGCCAGCUGAACUCAAUAAUAGUGAUUAUAUAUUUCCCUUGCAAAAAAGUUGUGAGUGAUAUGCUAAUAUAAAACCCGCUUGAUGAAUAUCGAGUAUUUCGAAAUAAUUAGCAAGCUACGCAAUUCAAAUUCUUUCUGACAGCUUCUAUUUAAAAAUUUGUAAACACCUCCAUUUUUCACAGAAAAUGAAUACAUAUAGCAUGUCUUACCCCUUGACACCGCCUUCUAGUUCAGAAGAUUCACCUCAAUCUGCAUAUUAUGUAGCGUCUCCAAAUUCGACAUUUGAAUAUGAAAAUUAUGAUUAUUCUUCUUCAGUACCAUACAUUAUAGCAAAAGCUGGACCAGUUAUUGAUCCUAAUUUGAUAAAAAUGGAGCAAGAACAAAGAGCAUCUUUACAUUUUAUAGAACAACCAACUGACAGAUUUAGAUUCAGAUACAAAUCAGAAAUGGCAGGUACCCAUGGCAGUUUGACAGGUAUCAAUUCAGACAAAUCAAGGAAACCCACAUAUCCCACAGUUGAAGUUAAAAAUUGUUCUGGAACAGUUAUUGUUAGAUGUUCAAUUUAUCAAUCAAAUGCCGUUGGAAAAGAUUUUUUGCCACAUGCACAUAGGCUUAUCAUGAAAAAAGGCAGGGAAGAACACGACGAUCCUCAUGAUAUCACUGUUUGGCCGGAAAAUGGAUAUAGGGCUGUAUUCCAAGGUAUGGGAAUAAUACACACUGCAAAAAAAAAUAUUGUUACCGAGUUGUUAAGAAAGAAGGUGCAACUCAAAAAAGAAUUCAUUGCCAGAACAGAAGGAAAAAUGAGGGAGUUAACUACAAAGGAAUUGGCAGAGAUUAAAGGAUUGGCUGAAUCAGAAAGUAAAUCAAUUAAUCUGAAUAUUGUUUGUCUAAGGUUCGAUGCUUUUAUAAAAGACAAUGGUAUUUUAUACCCUAUUUGCGAUCCCAUUUUCUCCCAUAGUAUCAACAAUUUGAAAUCAGCACUUACUGGAGACUUAAAAAUUGUCAGAUUAGAUCACGUCGUCAGCCCAGCCAAAGGAAACAAAGAAGUAUAUAUUUUAGUUGAACGGGUAACAAAAAAAAAUAUUAAAAUUCGCUUUUACGAAGUUGACGACGAAGACAAUGUUGUUUGGGAGGAUUGGGGAAAGUUUAAUGAUUUGGAUGUUCAUCAUCAGUAUGCGAUAGUAUUCAGGACACCCAAAUACCGUGACGAGAAUAUAACAGCACCUGUAAAUGUCUUCAUUGAGUUGGUGCGCCCCACAGACAACGCCCGUUCGGAAGCUAGAUCCUUCCGCUAUAUACCUAAUAAACAUACAGUUAAACCUGGCCAAAAACGUGCAAGAUAUGACUAUAGUUAUUCGAGUUGCGAAAGCUCCAAUGCUGGAAGCGACGAACUACCUGUUGUUAUUAGCAACCUUCAUAUCGAGCAAAACGCACAAACUGAUAUUAAUUCAAUUGGUAGUAUUCCGAGUGGACUUAGCGAAGAACUGGUUAAAGCUAUGAAGGACAUUAAUUCUGACGAAUUCAAGAGAAUUUUUGAAGAGUGUGGUCCUGAAUAUGAAAGUUUGAUAUUUGAGAUUGACUCUCCACAGUCUGCAGCACCACCAACGUUACCUCUAAGGAAAAAAAUGUCGUAUGAAAGUGAGUUUGCCAUUAAAAUGGAAGUGACGAGAAAGGAACGUGUAAUGACUAGUGCCGCAAUCGAACAAUUGCGUAAUUUUAUUAGGACUACUCAUACUCCACAAGAUGCUAUCGAUAUUUUAACUCACUACUUUGGAGAAGAUAAACAAACCAACCCUCUCCAUGUUUCAAUUUGUCAAAAAGAUAACGAAUCGGCAAUACUUCUGCUAAAAAUGAUAGCAUUUUACAAAAUGUUCCAUCUGUUAGAGAAAAGUAACGCCGAUAAACUGACUCCACUUCAUCUCGCAGUUCUUUGUCACAAUGAACGUAUGGUUAGUUCUCUUUUAUUAUGUAAAGCCAAAAUAGCAACAUUAGAUAGCGAUUUGAACACAUCUCUGCAUUUAGCAAUAAAAUCGAAAGUUUGUUUGGAAAUAUUAGAAAUGUUGCUGAGAAAUAACAGGGAGUGCGAAAAAGUUGAGGAUUUCAUAGAUUGGGAAAACGCAGACGGUAAUACGGCUUUAAUGAUGGCGGUAGAAGAGAAAAAAUUGGAUAUUAUAAAAUUACUUUGUAGGAAGAAGGCUGACGUGAAUAAGGUUCAUCCUAAAAAUGGUUACGUACCUUUAAGAUUGGCAAUUGAAAAAGAAUAUGUAAACAUCGUUAAAUUCUUUUUGAAUCUGAGCAAUGUAAAUCCAUUGAUCAAAGAUUUUAUGAACGUUUCACCUUUGUCUGCCGCCAUUUCCAAAACAUCCUGCCCCGAAAUUGUAGAAGCGGCAAGGGAUUACGUGUCAACUCAUAAUAUAGUAUUGGAAGUCAAGGAUGAACCAGAAGAUGAGUCUGAAGAUGAAGUGGAAAUGGAUGUGGACAGUCAAUCGCCUAAUGAAUUUAAGGAUGAAGUAAAUGUAAAAGUUGAACUACCUAGUUUAUCUCCAGAAGAAUUGGAAAUUCUCUACACAGACAUUAAAAUUUUUACACCACAGGCAUUGGAUGAAGUAUCAGAAAUUUUAGAUAGAAGCGGUAAUUGGAGGCAAAUUGCGCAUUUAUUGGGUAUUGAACACUUAAUAGAAAGUGGAAUUAUUCAAUCUGAGACCAGUAUGAGCAAAGCUGUAUUGAGGUAUUCGACUGAGACGAGUAACGAUAAUAUAUGGAUUAUUAGGAACUUUUUGGAAAACCUAGAUGAACACAAAACAGUCGAAAUACUUGAUCGAAUGGUGCGCAAUAUGAGACAAAUGUGCUAAGAUUAAUCAAACUUUUCCAUGUAUAUACUUUAUUUUAUAUGAACCUUUAUAUUUUAAUUUAGUAUUACCUUUGUAAGAAAUAUUUUAUUCCACCUCAA